UUCAACGUUCUUCUCUUUCUUUCUUUUUCUUCUUCAACUUCAUCGUUCAUCCUUGUUCCUCCAUUCCCAUCUGUAUUAAUCCAGUUUACCUUUUACCCAGAUGUAUCUAUAGCUCACAAGCAGCGAUGGCACCGCGACCGCAAGAUACAGGCAUGGAGACAGACCUGUUGGCUCGUCUUGCAGCAAACCAUUUGUUCUUGGGUCAAAUCGAACCUUUUCGAGCUACCAUCCUCGCUCUCCGAUCUCGAGACCCCGACCUAGCCCGUUCUAUCCUCCAAACAAUUGUAGCGAAUGGUGGCCGUUACGAGACUAUUCUUUUUAGUUCCAACUCUUCCCCUGCUCUUCUUACUUAUGUAUGUACCCUUGAACUCCUCCAAUUUAAUGAUCCUACGUCGCUGGUUUGGAGCUUUGACUCGGAUACGUUGCGUUUGCGUGCUGAAUUCUUGCUUUAUGUUCAGAAUAUUAUGUCUAGGGUUUUGGAAAUUCAGAAAGAAAAGAAUAAUUUAGGUCACAAUCAAAUGGAUAUUGCUCAUCUUGAUUCAAUUAAAAGGGAUGAAAUGGGUAUUAAUGAUUAUGGUUCACAAGAGAAGCUUAAGGAGUCGAGCGGGGAUACGGGUAUUAGCGAAUUUGAUUCGAAACAGCACUUUAGCGAGUCAAAAGGGGAUACCAGCGAAAUGGGUAUUAAUACUUUUGAUUCGGGGACUGGGCACUUAAGUGAAGAAAGUGUUACUAGUACUAAGUAUUGGGAUCUUGAGGAGUGUUUGAAAGUUCUGAAUAAGAUUUCAGAGGUGGGGUUUAAGAGGUUGAGGCCAGAUUUAGUUGAAUUGGACGUCAGAGAGAGUGAAGAAGAAGGGACUUCUGGUGGCUCUCUAGAGAUGGAAGAAAGUGAAAUGAUGGGUUUGAGAGGAGUAAUUUUGGAAAAUGCUGUUAUCUUUGAGGCACUGUGUGAGAAUAUAGCAAAACAGGUCAAACGGGUUCAAGAGAAUGAUGGUGGUGAUGAUUCAGGUUUGGCUAUUUCGCUGACUGUUCAAGAGGAGGAUGCUAAGGCUCUUAAAUUGAUACAAAGAUGUGUGCAGAUGGUGCAUUUGGAUGUCAUGAAGGAAUGCCUGAAGGAGGGUGACCAUAAUGGAGCUGUGUCUCAUAUCCAGUUUCUUCGCCUUGAUCAUGGGGUGGAGGAAGCUGAUUACCGCAUGGUUUUGCAAGAUCUCGUUAAGAGGGGUUUGGUGGGGAUGGUGGCCUAUGAUGACACUUGGCUUGCCAUGCGAAGUAAAUUGUUGUCGAUAUAUGAGAAAGCACUCUCAUCAAACUCCACACGUCUUGUUCACAUGAUACAGUCCAUUCAGGAGGAAUUGCUCUCUGAAGAAAUAGAGAUGCAUAAAGUUUUGAAUGGCAACCAGGUUCCACCCCCUCUUGCACAGCUUUUGAAUUUUAUUGCGCAGAUGACACCUGAGACCCAAGGCAGCCAUACAUCGUCAAUUAAGUUGGUGAUCUCUGCAUGCAUGAGGGACAUGUAUCAUUAUGCUCGUAUAUCAGGGUUGCAUGUACUUGAAUGUGUCAUGGAUGUUGCUCUUUCUGCUGUCAAGAGGGAACAACUUCAAGAAGCUAGCAACAUUCUUUUGUUGUACCCCCGACUUCAACCUCUUGUAGCUGUUAUGGGUUGGGAUCUUUUGUCUGGGAAAACAGAUAUGAGAAGGAAGUUGAUGCAGCUUUUCUGGACUAGUAAAUCACAAAUUCUCAGGCUGGAAGAAUCUUCUCUCUAUGAUAAAUCAAACGAGGUGUCUGCUGUUGAACAUCUUUGUGACUUCCUAAGUUACCAACUUGAUCUGGCUUCUUUUGUUGCAUGUGUAAAUUCUGGACAAUCAUGGAGUUUGAAAUCAUCAUUACUCUUGUCUGGGAAAGGGCAUACGGAACUUGUAAAUGAAGAUUUCCAGUUGGACCCAUUUGUUGAAAAUCUUGUUCUGGAAAGAUUAUCAAUCCAUAGCCCCCUUCGAGUUUUGUUUGAUGUAGUUCCAGACAUAAGAUUUCAAGAAGCUAUCGAGUUAUUUAGCAUGCAACCAAUCACCUCUAAUUUAGCAGCCUGGAAAAGGAUGAAAGAUGUUGAACUCAUGCACAUGCGCUAUGCCAUGGAAUCUGCUGUUUUUGCUCUUGGAGCUAUGGGGAACAGUAAGAAUAAUGAAGUUAAAAGCUAUCAAAUGGCAUUAUGUUACUUGAAAGACCUCAGUAUCCAUUUGGAGGCCAUCAACAACAUUCCACGCAAGAUAAUGAUGGUGAACAUUGUUAUCUCACUUUUGCAUAUGGAUGAUCUUUCUUGCGACUUAUCGCCAUGUCCACCACCUAGGAGACAACCUGAUACGUCCAACACCUAUAGUGGGGAAAGUGCUGACCCCUGCACUAAUGAAGAAGGGAAUACCAUGGUCGUAUCCUUCACAGGGCGGCUCCUUAAUAUAUUGCGGCAGAAUCUACCUGCAGCUGUUACUGAAGAGGAGAUUGCAGUGGAUGGAAAUGUGCCUACUGAUGGGAGACGAGCUUUAGAGUGGAGAAUCUCAAAGGCAAGAUCCUUCAUUGAAGAUUGGGAAUGGCGCUUAUCAAUCUUGCAAAGCCUUCUUCCCUUGUCUGACCGUCAGUGGAAAUGGGAGGAGGCAUCAACUAUACUACGUGCAGCCCCAUCUAAGCUACUGAAUCUCUGCAUGCAGAGGGCAAAGUAUGACAUUGGAGAAGAGGCUGUCAACCGUUUUUCCCUACCUCCAGAAGAUAAAGCAACUCUUGAACUGGCUGAAUGGGUGGAUGGAGCCUUUAAGAGAGCAUCUGCUGCGGAUGCUGUUUCUCGUGCUGCUGAUGGAACUUCUGUUGUCCAAGAAUUAGAUUUUUCCACUCUUCGCUCUCAAUUAGGUCCUUUAGUUGCAACUCUUCUAUGUAUCGAUGUAGCUGCGGCAUCUUCAAGGUCCUCAACUUUGUCCCAUAAGCUUUUAGAUCAGGCUCAAGUUAUGUUGUCAGAGAUCUAUCCUGGUCGUGCUCCUAAGAUAGGCGCUACUUAUUGGGAUCAGAUUUAUGAGAUUGGAAUAAUUUCAGUCGCAAAGCGUCUUCUCAAACGUCUACAAGAAUUGUUGGAACAGGACAAGUUUCCAGUGCUUCAGGCUCUUUUAACGGGAGACCUGAUAAAUACUUCAUCAAAGGAUUUCCAGCGGCAAGGACAUAGGGAGCGUGCUCUUGCGAUGCUACAUCAAAUGAUUGAAGAUGCUUACAUGGGGAAGCGGCAGUUUCUUAGUGGUAAGCUUCAUAAUCUUGCGAGAGCUAUUGCUGAUGAAGAAAAUGAAAGAGAAUAUAUGAGAGCAGAGAGUUCAUAUCCUGAUAAGGAUGCUUUGAUUCAUGACAAGGGUGGAGUUCUAGGACUUGGAUUGAGACCCAUGAGGCAAACAUUAUCAGUUCCAUCUACUGGUGAGAAGUCCAUGGCUUCUACAUCAUAUGAUGUGAAAGAUGCUGAAAAGAGAAUAUAUGGCCCCUUGACUUCCAAGGCUACAACCUACCUCUCCCAAUUUAUCCUCCAUAUUGCAGCUGUUGGUGACAUAGUUGAUGGGACAGAUACUACUCAUGACUUCAACUAUUUCUCUCUCAUUUAUGAAUGGCCUAAAGAUCUUUUGACUCGUUUGGUCUUUGACCGAGGUAGCACUGAUGCAGCCGCAAAGGUAGCAGAAAUUAUGUCUGCUGAUUUUGUCCAUGAAGUGAUUUCUGCAUGUGUACCCCCGAUUUAUCCACCAAGGUCUGGUCAUGGUUGGGCAGACAUUGCAGUAAUUCCUACAUGCCCCAAAAGUAGUUCAGAGUGUAAACUUCUUUCCCCUUCUUCGAGAGAAGCCAAGCCCAGUUCAUAUUGUCCUUCCUCAGCCACACCUGGAGUUCCUCUGUACCCUCUUCAGUUGGAUGUUGUAAAGCAUCUUGUGAAACUCUCCCCUGUCAGGGCCGUCUUAGCAUGUGUUUUUGGGAACUGUAUAUUAUACGGUGGCAGUGACUCUACCAUAUCAAGUUCCUUGAACGAUGUAUCAGUGCAGAAGCAUGAUGCUGACAGAUUAUUCUAUGAGUUUGCACUUGAUCAGUCAGAGAGGUUCCCAACCUUGAAUCGCUGGAUACAAAUGCAAACUAAUCUUCAUCGAGUUUCAGAGGUUGCUGUAACUGCUGAGAACAUGAUUAGUGAUGGAAGUGAUAAACCCGAGGCAAAAACUUCUGUCAAGCGCUUUCGUGAGCAUGAUAGUGAUUCUGAUUUGGAGCAUGAUGACUUAGCUGUUGGCACCAGCAUUCCAGUCCUUUCAGAGACCACCAAUGAAACUGGUAUUUGGCAAGAUUCUCCCAAGUCUGAAACUGCUGAAAUUGAUACCACAGUAUUCCUUUCUUUUGGGUGGGAGAAUGAAAAACCAUAUGAAAAAGCUGUUGACAGAUUGAUAGAUGAAGGCAAACUAAUGGAUGCUCUUGCUCUUUCUGAUCGAUGCUUACGCGAUGGCGCUUCAGAUUAUUUACUUAAGUUACUUAUCGAACGUGAGGAGGAAAAUCAUACUGUCUUCAAUCGUUCAGGUCACUCGAGCUUCAGAAUACCAAGCAAUAGCUGGAAAUAUUGUCUACGGCUGAAAGAUAAACAACUUGCAGCAACACUUGUCCUCAAAUAUUUGCAUAGGUGGGAGUUGGAUGCUGCUUUGGAUGUUCUAACCAUGUGUCACUGUCACUUGGGCGAAAAUGAUCCUUCUAAGAAAGAGGUUGUUCUCAGGAGGCAAGCUUUAAUGCGAUACAGUCACAUAUUAUCUGCAGAUGAGCGUUAUAAUAGCUGGCAAGAGGUUGAGGCAGAGUGUAAGGAAGAUCCUGAGGGUUUGGCCCUUAGAUUAGCUGAAAAGGGAGCUGUGUCUGCUGCUUUAGAGGUUGCUGAAAGUGCAGGGUUAUCUAUUGAACUUCGUAGAGAACUCCAGGGCCGUCAACUUGUGAAGCUUCUUACAGCAGACCCCAUAAAUGGUGGUGGUCCCGCUGAAGCUUCACGAUUUCUGUCUUCCCUGCGUGAUUCAGAAGAUGCUCUACCAGUUGCAAUGGGUGCGAUGCAGCAGUUGCCCAACCUGCGAUCUAAACAAUUGCUUGUUCAUUUUUUCCUGAAAAGAAGAGACAGCAACUUGAACGAACCUGAGCUUUCCCGGCUUAAUUUGUGGGCCUUAGGUCUUCGUGUGUUGGCUGUUUUGCCCUUGCCGUGGCAGCAAAGAUGCUCUUCGUUACAUGAGCACCCUCAGCUGAUUGUGGAAGUUCUGCUAAUGCGCAAACAACUACAAUCUGCUUCUUUGAUACUCAAGGAAUUCCCGUCAUUGAGAGACAACAACAAAAUUCUUACAUAUGCCGCCAAAGCAAUUUCUGUUACCAUAAGCCCACCUCGUCGUGAGUCGCGGAUACAAGUUUCAGGUCCAAAAACAAAGCAGAAGUCUGGAACUCCUACAAGAUCUUCAUUCUCCAACAGCCUAAGUAACUUGCAAAAGGAGGCUCGUAGGGCAUUUUCUUGGAAUCCAAGGAAUAGUGCAGAGAAAGCUGCUCCUAAGGAUGUUCAGAGGAAAAGAAAAGGCUCUGGACUGCCACAAUCUGAAAAAGCUACAUGGGAGGCAAUGGCUGGCAUUCAAGAAGAUCGUGUUUCAUCAUACAGCAUGGAUGGGCAAGAACGUAUUCCUUCAGUUUCUAUUGCUGAACAGUGGAUGCUCACAGGUGACCCAUAUAAGGAUGAAGCUGUGCGGUCCUCUCAUCACUAUGAAAGUGCCCCAGAUAUCAUUCUCUUCAAGGAACUGCUUUCUCUGUGUGCGGAUGAGAGUUCUUCCGCCAAAGGUGCUCUGGAUUUGUGUGUUAAUCAAAUGAGAGCUGUUUUAAGCUCUCAACAGCUUCCUGAAAAUGCAUCAAUGGAAAUCAUUGGUCGAGCUUAUCAUGCUACGGAGACAUUUGUUCAGGGGCUCCUUUAUGCCAAGUCUCAGCUUAGAAAGCUUUCUGGGGGAAAUGAGUUAUCCAGUUAUUCUGAAAGAAGUAAAGAUGUUGAGGAUACAUUCUCUGAUGCAGGCAGCUCUACCAUGGGGAACCAGUCAACAGAUGAGGUCUCUGAAGUUCUAUCGCAAGCUGACAUUUGGCUCAGACGGGCUGAACUGUUGCAAAGCCUUCUGGGAUAUGGAAUUGCUGCUUCGCUUGAUGAUAUUGCCGAUAAGGAAUCUUCUGCACGACUGCGUGAUCGACUGAUUCUGGAGGAACGGUAUAGCAUGGCUGUGUAUACUUGUAAGAAGUGUAAGAUUGAUGCGUUUGCUGUAUGGAAUGCGUGGGGACUUGCUUUAAUUCGAAUGGAGCACUAUGCUCAAGCUCGUGUCAAAUUCAAGCAAGCACUUCAAUUGUACAAGGAUGACCCUGCACCAGUUAUUCAAGAUAUCAUUAAUACAAUUGAAGGAGGUCCACCGGCAGAUGUUUCAUUGGUUCGUUCCAUGUACGAGCAUUUGGCUAAAAGUGCACCUGCAAUCUUGGAUGAUUCUCUUUCUGCUGACUCAUAUCUCAACGUUUUAUACAUGCCAUCUACAUUUCCACGAUCUGAGAGAUCCAGGAGCGGACAAGAAGCUUCAAACGAUAAUUCCUCUAAUAGUUUAGAAUUUGAAGAUGUUCCUCGCAGCAACCUGGAUAGCAUUAGAUACCUUGAAUGUGUUAACUAUUUACAAGAAUUUACACGCCAGAAUUUGCUUGAUUUUAUGUUUAAGCAUGGUCAUUAUAAGGAUGCUUGCAUGCUGUUUUUUCCUGAAAAUGCUGUUCCUUCUCCUCCUCAACCGUCGUCACUUGCGGUUAUGUCAUCAUCUCCCCAGCAGAAACCAGAUCCUCUUUCAACUGAUUAUGGAUCGGUUGAUGAUUUGUGUGACCUGUGCAUUGGUUUUGGAGCCAUGCAUGUCUUAGAGGAAGUAAUGUCUUCCAGAAUGUCAUCCACGGCAACAGUGGAUGUGGAAGUAAAGCAGCAUACAGCAGCUGCACUUAAUCGCAUUUGUGUCUUCUGUGAAACUCAUAAGCAUUUCAACUACCUAUACAGAUUCCAGGUGAUAGGGAAUGAUCAUGUGGCUGCUGGCCUUUGCUGUAUCCAGUUAUUUGUGAAUUCAUCUGUGCUGGAUGAAUCUAUAAAACACCUGGAAAAUGCCAAGAUGCAUUUUGAUGAAGCCUUAUCAGCAAGAUACAAAAGUGGAGGCUCAACUAAGCUUGUCACCAAGGGUGUGCGUGGAAAAAGUGCAUCACAAAAACUUACAGAAGAAGGGCUAGUGAAGUUUUCUGCCAGAGUUGCAAUGCAGGUGGAUGUGAUAAGAUCCUUUAAUGAUACAGAUGGGCCUCAGUGGAAAUACUCUCUUUUUGGAAAUCCAAAUGAUCCAGAAACUUUCAGGCGGAGGUGUGAGAUUGCAGAAACUCUUGUCGAGAAGAACUUUGACUUGGCUUUCCAAGUGAUCUACGAGUUCAAUCUUUCUGCUGUUGAUAUAUAUGCUGGUGUUGCGUCAUCGCUUGCCGAUAGAAAGAAAGGCGGACAAUUGACUGAUUUUUUCAGAAAUAUUAAGGGCACAAUCGACGAUGAAGACUGGGACCAGGUUUUGGGAGCAGCUAUCAACGUAUAUGCCAACAAACAUAAAGAACGCCCUGAUCGUCUUAUCGACAUGUUAACUAGCAGCCACAGGAAAGUUUUGGCGUGUGUGGUGUGUGGCCGCCUUAAGAGUGCCUUCCAGAUUGCUUCUCGAAGUGGAAGUGUGGCGGACGUCCAAUAUGUUGCACAUCAGGCGUUACACGCAAACGCACUUCCAGUGCUCGAUAUGUGCAAACAAUGGUUAGCUCAAUACAUGUAACUUGCGGCUCCAGGAUCGACCCUUCCAUUAGUUUUGUAAUGUCGAAAAAAGCACAUUUUAGAGCAUUUUUGUCAUUCAAGAAGAAAAGAAAAGGUUUGUGUUGUACUUCUAAAGCAGAGAAGGUAGAAAAGGUGUAUGUAUAUAUCAUUCGAGUAAUCGAUCAAUUGUUCAUAAAUUCUUCUUGUUUCGGUUGGUUGCUAUGUUUGCGUUCGAUAGCGAAGAAAGGGUAGAUGACAUCUUGACUUUUAGUAGUCAAACUUGUUGGAUUUUUGAGGUCAAAAUCUACAAAAGGUUUGUUUA